CGACCGCAGAGCACAGCCCGCCCCUUGCUCCGCCCCCGGGGAGAUUCGGCGCCACCAUGGAGGAGUACCAUCGCCACUGCGACGAGGUUGGUUUUAAUGCUGAUGAAGCCCACAAUAUCGUUAAGGAGUGUAUAGAUGGAGUCUUGGGUGGUGAAGAUUAUAAUCAAAACAAUAUCAACCAAUGGACUGCAAGCAUAGUGGAACAAUCCUUGGCCCAUUUGGUUAAGUUGGGAAAAGCUUAUAAAUAUAUUGUGACCUGUGCAGUGGUGCAGAAGAGUGCAUAUGGCUUUCACACAGCCAGCUCAUGCUUUUGGGAUACCACAUCCGAUGGAACCUGCACUGUAAGAUGGGAGAACCGAACCAUGAACUGUAUCGCCAGUGUUUUCGCCAUUGCUAUUGUCCUGUAACUGACUAAAAACGUUAGGCCAAAGCCAUUAACUUAAGAAUUUUCCAGUGUAUCCUUUCUAAAAAGAGUAGUAGUUACUUAUUAAUGCUCUAGAUGAGACGUGUGCAAUAUGCUUCAAAGCUAUCAACGAAAACUGAAUAUUAUAAGCAAGCAUCUCAUAGUAGGUUGGCAGAUUAUUUCAUAUUCUGUACAGGAUCAUUAAAAUAGGAAAAACUGAAUGUUAGCAAAAAUGAAUGCAGAAAUAUGGCAUAAUAUGAAAAUGUUAUCUUAUAUUUAUACCAGUUUUUCACUAAUUAUAUGUACCUAAGGAAAUGGAGGAAUCCAUUUAAACAAUAAAACUCCUCUCUCUAGAGACGCUAACAGGGAUAAACAGAUGGUCAAAAAGCUACGAGGAUAAAUGUGGAGACAAUAAGAAUUAGUUAACACUUAAGUUUUUUUCUCCCCCCCCCUCACUUAGUUGUACAUAAAAUUUAGUGGAAAGUAAUUGUCUUUUUUUUUUUUUCUGUCUACUACUAUUACGGAAACCCUGGUGGCAUAGUGGUUAAGUGCUGUGGGUGCUAACCAAAAGGUCAGCAGUUUGAAUCCACCAGGCCCUUCUUGAAAACCCUACGGGGCAGUUCUAUGCUUUCCUAUAGGGUCACUAUGAGUCGGAAUCGACGGCAACGGGUUUGGUGUUGGUUGGUACUAAUACCGUAGCAACUAUGAUUAACUUGUUUACCUUUUAUGAGAAUUGUUAAAUCAAUUUUUUUUUUCAUUUCAAAUGAAUUGGAUUUACAUUUGAGUGUGAAUUAAAUCUGGUGACCUGAAUUCCGUAGUUAAACAAAAUUAGUUACAGUGUAUGGUGAACAGCAUAUGACUCAAACAAUUGCCUUGCAGCUCAUUCAUUUCAUGUGGAACAAACAUUUAUUGAAUUCCUAUUAUGGGCAUAUUUCUCUGCUAGGCAUCACAGACAUCAAUAUGCUGGUCAGGUUCUCGGUUCAGUUUGGCACCUGUUUAGUUGGAAAACUGUAGCACUUACAUUUGGGAAAGAUAAAAAAAGAGUUGUUUUACAAGAGAGGAAAAGUGAAUCUGGUUGUCCAUGUAGAAGUAAGCAAAAUGAAAAGCACUUAUUAUUGCCAGAGAAUUAUAGAUGUCAUUUUAAGGAUUGUUACUAGCAAGUUAAAAGUGCAUAAAAUAUGCAACUGUUAGUUACAGGCCUUAUUAGAAAUCUAACUAUCCUAGCAGUGAAUUACAUCAUUGCUUCAGUUACAACCAUCUGUAAAUAAUUUUAAAUACUUGUUAUGAGGGGUUCAAAUUGGAUGGAGUGAAGUAUAAAUUAAAAGUAUACAGUCACUAGCAAGUUAUCUAAUAACUCAGGGCUUAUGAAAUAUAAAAUUUAUUAAGAAAAUAAAAGGUGAAAAAUUAUGGUACACACAGCUGACCACCAAAUGCGAAGCCAAUCUGCUAUUUGACCUUGAAAACAAAAUCAAUUUUGCAUACCACUAAUACUAAUACAUAUAGUGAAAUCAUGAUUCAUUGGAAUUUUUUGAGGAAAAAGAAAAGCUUAGUAUUAGUAUUGACAAUAUUAAGGGAGUAUCCUUCUAAGAAUACUCUGUGCAUGUUUGAUGUUUGGCCGAAUAACAAUAAGUGUUCUGUGUUUAAGAAGAAUAUUUAGAAAAUACAAGGAUUCGGCUUAAUGCAGUGAUCUAUGUUUUUGACAUGUCAAAAAUUCUCAUAGCCAUUACCUUUAUGUUACUUUAUGCUGCUGGCUUUUGUGCCCUUGAAGAUUUUAUUAGUGACCAAAAUAUCUGUGUAGUUAAGGCCCAUUUUUGAUUAUUGUGGUAUAGCUCUUUUUAUACAUCAUUUUUGAUUAUUGUUACUGAAGCCUGAUUUUAAAAAAUCAUUAAAACAUACCUCGUGAACCUGCUAUCUGCUCUGUUCCUAGUGAAAAUAUAAUAAAGAUUAUCUGCUUGUGCUGUACUCUUGCUUCUGGAUUAUCAUUAAAUAGUUAAAGAAAUGCCAUUAAACUUUAAGAAAUUCUGAAGAGGAGGAAUGGGAAAGAUAAAUUAAUAUGGGACCACAUAGAUUGUACAGAAAAAAUACCAAUAAAAAUAGCAACACGUACUCAGUAUUCACCAUGGUAAAAUAAUUACCAAUAGCUUCCAGUUUAUGCCUUUUAUGAUUUUAACAUAAAUUUUUAUAAAAAUAAUUAGUGUAAAAAUAUGUUAACUAUUGGCUUCUAAUGAUUAUUUUUGGUAAGGAACUUUGUUCUACUUGUCAACUUAGAAUUGAGUUGUUGCUGUUUUUUUCGUUUAAUUAAGGGCUUUAAGUAUGUGAAAUUAGGGUAUUCAAAUGUAAGUACUAACUAGCAUUUUUGUAAAGCUGUAAUUUGUUUGUAAAGUACCGGUAUUCUACCCUAAAUGAUGGUAACAUCUCGUUACAUUUUUCUCUAGUAAAAAGUACCUUUCUGCUCUUUUUUCCAGGUUGGAUGUUAUCUAAUUAUGAGUCAUCAAAUGUAUUUCACCACUACAUUCAUCAUCCCUUUUUUAUUUUGUAAUUGUUAUAAAAAUAUAUAUAACAGUUGCGAUUUAACAUUUUUCACAUGUACAGUUCAGUGACACCAAUUACAUCAAUCAUGUUGUGCAACCAUAUCACAUUUUUAAAGUUACCUUUGGAUACUUAGGAUUAUAUUUUCAAAGUCUGAGUUAAAAAAUUCUCUAUUCUUGAUCACAGUUUUUAAAAAGUGGGAGAAAAAAUCUGUGAUUCUUUAUAGCAAAUAAAUUAGGUCUUUCUCAUAGCAGAUACCAAAACAAAGUUUGAAAGAUAAAAAUUUCACCCCGUGUGCUAGAAUCUAUCCAAGGAGAAUUUGUUUUAUAAUCUGGAAAGUGGGCCUAUAUUUGUGACUAAAGAGGUUCACAGUUUCAGUAUCUAGUGAUUUGAUAAGAUUGACCUUAACACACUUAUGAAAUAACCCUGUAAAGGAAUCUUAAACAUUCAGCCCUUAUGAGAUUUAGAUGGCCAUCAUUAAUAUGCAUUAACCGCCAUGGUCCAGAAGAUUCUAGCCUACCCUAUCUAGUUGCAAACCCUGUACUCUCUCACUGUGGUGCCACUUAAUAUCACUCGACAUCAUCCUUGGGUAUAUUGACAAUACAGGCCUAGCUAGAAAUGGCCUUUGCUUUAUGAAGAAUGCCUCUUCCCAAAAUCACUUUUAAGGAUCUCAGGAAUGAAGCUGGGACUCUGUACAGACAGGUGUUACACCAUUGGGAUGGAAUCAUUCUUUCCUAUAGGAGACAAAACACGGGCAACCACCCCACUCUGGGAUCCUUAAAACAUGAACACCAUGUAGAGAAGUGUCUUUGCAGUUCCUCCUGACCAGAUGCCUGGGCUUAAGCAAUAAUAUAUACUCAACUUUCACUGUGCCCACCCACUCCUAAAAUACAUACAUUUUUAUUUUAUUCAACGCUUCAUCUGUUUUAUGUAUGCCAGCUUCUAACUUGAGAUAUUUCAAUCUGGGUUAUUCAGUCAACAGAAGGAGAAGGGAUCAGAGAGAAGCAGAAACACCUGGGUAUUGUUAAUGGCAGAACUGUUACCACAGCUGCUCUCUCCUCUCUCCCCCACCCUCCAGGCCAAGGAGGACUGUCCAAUCACCAAUACCAGCAACACCAGCAGCAGUGUCCAUAAUGGUGGCCAGCAGCAAUUGUGGCAGAGCGAGUAGUGUACUAAGCCAGGGGCAGGUUGAUGGGAAUGGUCUACACUGGUAGACAGCAUAGCUAGCACAAGGUGAUAAUAAAAAACAGACCAACACAGCUGUCAGGGUGGCUAUGUAUAUGGCUUCCCUGGGCCCUCAGGCAAGUGCUUGCACCUCCCUGGGCCUCACUUUCCCGUAUAUGGUGGUGGAAUUGGGUAGAAACACAUCCAAGGUCUUUAUUUAGCUUUGUUGUUGUUAGUUGCAGUGGAGUGGGUUCCCAAUUUGUGGCAACCCCAUAUGUCAGGGUGGAGCUGCUCUAUGGGGUCUUCAGGGCUAUGACCUUUUGGAAGAUUGCCAGGCCUUUCUUCUGAGGUGCCGAACACUUAACCAUUUGUGCCACCCAGGGACUCCCUUUUUAUUUAGCUUAAAUAUUUUAUUAAAGGAUGAUUCUAUACAUUACUGAUAAAAUAAAAUGCUCUUAAGAUUGGAAAAAAAAAACAGACCAACAACCUGUACACGAAUAUUCAUAGCAGCUUUAUUCAUAAUAGUCAAAAACUAGAAACAGUUCAGAUGACUUUCAGUGAGUGAAUGGUAUAACGAACUGUGGUAAUACGUGGAAUACUACUCAGCAAAAAAAGGAACAAACUAUUGAUACAGGAAACAGCUUGCAUGAAUCAUCAGGGAAUUAUGCUGAGUAAAAAAGCCAGUCCCAAAAGGUUUCAUACUGUGUGAUUCCAUCUAAGAAAUAUUUUUAAAAUGGAGAACAGACUUUAAAAAUAGAGAAAAGCUUA